CCUUCUUCUUUCAAUUUUCCUUUGCAAUAAGAAAAAUCCACCCUCCCUCCACCGUGCAACCCUCGCAAGAUUUGUCAUUUUAAUUUUUUUUUCUCUUGCGAUGGUGACGGUGACGGGUUGGAGAUACAGGGCUGGGUUGUUCCUCAUUGGCACUGUUGUUAUUAUAUGGGUUACCUCCGCAGAAGUUACCCAGGAUAUUUUUGAAGAUUAUAAGCAACCGUUUGCAGUGACAUAUCUUGGAGCUUCUCUUAUGGUAGUUUACCUCCCAGUAUCAUACUUUAAGGACUGGUUUUGUGAAUAUCUUAAACGACGGUCUUCUAAAAGUGGUAAAAACGCAGAAAGUGUAGAUAAAUUUUUUAUCAGGAUUGGCCCUCCAGUCAAAGGCAGUGGAAUAGAGAAAAACUUUGAACUGGAAUUCGGGAGUGUGAUUCGGAAAGAUAGCAAAUUAGGCGUUUCGACUCUUGCCGAAGUCAAGCCGUUGAUGGCCAAGUAUAAUGAUAAUACUCAUGUGAUAAAAUCAGAGAAGCAACUUACCGGCAAGCAAAUCGCUACUUAUGGAUUUUACAUUGCACCUAUCUGGUUUCUGACUGAGUACUUCUCAAAUGCUGCUCUUGCACGAACAAGUGUCGCAAGUUCGACAGUAUUAUCAUCCACAUCCGGGCUUUUCACUCUUUUUAUUGGUGCAAUUUUGGGUCAAGACUCUCUAAAUGUACCAAAAGUGGUUGCUGUUUUUGUCAGCAUGGCUGGGGUUCUUAUGACAACUCUGGGGAAAACUUGGGCUGCAGAUGAUGAUUUAAUAUCAAUCAAUGAAGAGCGCUCUUUCGUUGGAGAUCUUUUCAGCAUUCUCUCGGCCGUGUCGUAUGGCCUAUUUACAGUUCUUCUUAAAAAGUUUUGUGGCGAAGAGGGAGAAAGAGUUGAUGUGCAGAAGCUGUUUGGGUAUAUCGGACUCUUUACAUUAGUCGCGCUUUGGUGGCUUAUCUGGCCAUUGAUGGCCAUGGGACUUGAGCCCAAGUUUGCUGUUCCUCAAUCUGCUAAAAUGGAUGAAAUGGUUCUUGCCAAUGGAUUCAUUGGAAGUGUGGUUUCAGAUUACUUCUGGGCACUUUGUGUUGUAUGGACAACUCCCCUUGUGGCCACUUUAGGCAUGUCGCUCACCAUUCCGCUUGCUAUGGUGGCUGACAUGGUGAUCCAUGGUCGGCAAUAUUCUGUAGUGUACAUUCUUGGCUCAGUUCAGGUAUUUGCUGGCUUUGUAUUAGCUAACCUUUCAGAUUGGUUGUCAAAGAAGUGGAAAUCAUUCAAAUUUUAGGAUAUAGUUUUCUAGAUUAAUUUUUUUGGCAAAGUAUUCUUUUCAUGUUAGCCAUUUUCUUGUGUAUACCAUAUGGCACAAUAAAAAGUUCUAUUUAGCCCAGGCAAGUAUCCAAGUUUUGGGUGUUUCGUUAAUGAAGGCACAAAGAGCAUAAAAAUGUAUUCUUUUGUAUAUAGGUUUUGUAAUCUUUAUAUAUUUCAGGUUGAGCAAUUAGCUAGCCAUAUUGCACCAUGAGAAUAAUAAAGUCUCUUUACACAUUCUUCAAUUUGUUUUAA